AUGGUAUAUCCCCAAACGUUUGAUAUUGUGAACCUAGAAAAGGACAGGGCCGCCGCCGCCUAUAAUCUCCUCCGCAAAAUCGCCGGCGCCCGCCAGAUUCUCGAGCUCGUGGCCCUCCUCGGCCUCAUCUCCUGGUCAACCGCGCGCGUGCCGGCGGCUGCCACGAAGGCGGCGGCCCACGCCGCCUGGGUCUCCGCCCACCUUUUCAACCACCGCGUCGCCUUCCUCAUCGGCAAUUUCAUCGUCGUCCUGCUCUUCCUCCACUUCCGCCGGAGCGAUGCCGCCGACGCCGGCAUCUACGACGAAUACAUCAGGCACAGCGAGGCGGCGGAGCACGUCGGCGAAAAUCCGCCGCCUCCGGCGAGGGAAGAGGCGGGCGGCGGCGCGCCGCCCUCGCCCAGCGACGACGUGGCGGUGGGGAUGCCACCGAGCGAUGACGUGGCGGAGGUGAUCGAGAGGGCGGUGAAGCAAAUAAAGAGGUUUGAGAGGACGCAGUCGGAGAAAUUGAGGCGGGAGAUAAGGGUGAGGCCGCAGGCGGUGCUCCGGCGGUCGGAGAGCGAGAAUCGGAGGACGGCGGGAGAUAUGGAGAGGCUGAGCAACGAGGAGUUCCGGCAGACGGUGGAUGAUUUCAUCGACAAGCACUGGAGCAAGAAGACGACGAUGUUGGAGAAAUAUCAGUUGGCUGCUAUAUAUAAUGGCGUUAAUUAA